UUGUUAAACCGACUGGCAAUAACCAGCAGCUGGUCAUAAUUUUCUGGUAUUGUUUACUGAACUAAUGACACUUCCUAUAACGUUACAGAAACACCUAGUUGAGAUUAUUGGUUGAGGAGGAUUUGCAAGCAGCUCUAGCCUACCACAAUGAUCCUUUCAGUUCGCUGCAGUCAGUUGUCAGUCAGGGGGCGCCGAGGACACUGUUAGCCUACUUAAACAUUAUCGUUGGUUCAACCGGCAAUGGUGGAUGGGUGAAAAGACGAGACCUUCAACCUCGUUUCGAUUUUAGGCUUCAACACUGAUACGUAAACAUAAUAAUUAUGGAUGAAUUAAAACACCAGGUCAUGAUUAAUCAGUUUGUUCUAACUGCUGGCUGUGCGGCAGACCAAGCAAAGCAGCUUUUACAAGCGGCACACUGGCAGUUCGAGACUGCUCUCAGCACAUUCUUUCAAGAAACUAAUAUACCAUACAGCCACCAUCAAAUGAUGUGCACUCCAGCAAACACGCCAGCGACGCCACCCAACUUCCCCGACGCACUCGCCAUGUUCUCGCGCCUCAAGGCCUCGGAGAGCUACAACAGCGCGGGCAGCCCCCGUGGGUCCAUGGCGACUUCCCCACCACCUCAGGUGAACUGGGCCAUGAGCCCCCCAGCCCCGAGCCCCCAGGGCCUGUGGACUGCAGCGCCACGGGCCCCCCAGACGGCCACCCCCCCGUCAGGCUGGCCCGCAGCCGUGGCCCAGCAGGCCUCUCCGGAGCAGAUGGCCACCAUGGUCAUGGAGGCGGAGAGAUGAGGGCCUACCGCAGGGAGGUUACACACUACUGGGAGGACCGUCCUCUCUCGGGUGGGACGUGGGGAGAGGGCCAGGGUUGGGAUGGAGAUCUAUCUUUUGCAAUGUGGAUAAGCACUGAAGAAGAAAUCAAACCAGUAUACAAUGACAGGGCGAAA